AUGUCAAAUUUUGAGCAGUUUCAGAUUGACUUUUACCAGUCCAAUUAUACCAUAGAUGACCAGGAAGAAGGUGACAACAAUUAUGGGUCUAACAAAAAUCUCUGUGCAAGCAGAAAGAGCCAGACAGGAGAGCAACCUCCAGCCGGUGCUUUUGCCCCAUCGGAAAUGCUUCUGUCCUCUCAGAAUUACACAGGUCAGAUUUUGCAGCCAACAUACAAUCCCAACACUCUCUCCCAUCUUAGUUACGCUGAUGGAUUUGACGAGGAACCUCCUUUGCUAGAAGAGCUUGGGAUCAAUUUUGAGCAUAUAUGGCAAAAAACGUUAACAGUUCUAAAUCCAAUGAAGCCUGCAGAUGGCAGCAUCAUGAAUGAGACAGACCUCACCGGACCUAUGGUUUUCUGUUUGGCCCUUGGAGUAACGUUGCUGCUGGAAGGAAAAGUUCAUUUUGGCUAUGUGUAUGGCAUGAGUGCCAUUGGGUGCCUUGCUAUGCAUGCCCUGCUGAACCUGAUGAGCGUCUCUGGAGUCUCGCAUGGCUGCGUUGCAAGUGUCUUGGGCUAUUGUCUGUUGCCCAUGGUGAUCCUGUCCUCUUCUGCAGUCAUCUUUUCGCUACAGGGGACCCUGGGAACUUUGUUAGCUCUGUUCAUUAUUGGAUGGUGCAGUUUGUCAGCCUCCAAAAUUUUUACCUCUGCAUUGGCUAUGGAAGGACAGCAGCUUCUUAUCGCAUACCCAUGUGCUUUACUUUAUGGACUUUUUGCACUUCUAAUGGUUUUCUGA